CACCCCCCCUGUGGAGCACGCACUUGACCAUUUGCGCCGCGUAAGAGUCUGAUGGCUCUUUUGAAUUCAGCGAUCCUCUCUGUGUGUAGAUGAGGUACUGUAGCCUACAUAAGGUAGUUUUAGUGAAAGGUCUGUGCGCAUGUGAGUGUGCUCGUGUGAAUGUGCACUCCUAAAAUAGAAAUCCAAAGGAAAAAGAAGAAGGAGAAGAAAAAGAAGAAGAAGAAGAAGAAGAGAGGCGGGAUCGGUGUGUGCCUUGUUGAAAUCCAGGGUGAAGCAGAUAGAUAGUCUGGAACAGAUCGAUCAGCACUUCGCUCUCCCUUUGUGGAAUAGAUGGAUGUUUGAUCAGUGGAUGGGAUGCCCAUAUAUAUCAUCGACCGAAAAUUUCCCGACACAUCUGGUGAGUUGAUACAGUCGGCAGCUGAAGGAGGAGACCUGAGAAUGACAGAGACUAACCCCCCCAAGUCGGCUAAAAAGCCCCGCUGGACCUCUCUGGAGAUCGGCCUAAUUACAAUCGUGUCCUUGCUCUUCAUCGCCAUUGUCGCCCUCAUCAUCCUCUUCGCCACACAGAAAACCGAUGAAAUCUGCACCACAGCUGACUGCACGCAGUCAGCAUCUCGUCUCAUUGAAAACAUGGAUGCUAGUGUGGACCCUUGUGACAACUUUUACCAGUAUGCUUGUGGAGGCUGGCUGAAAAAGAACAUCAUCCCUGAGACCAGCUCCAGAUACAGCACCUUUGACAUCUUACGAGACGAACUGGAGGUCAUCCUCAAAGGUGUCCUUGAAAAAACAGAGGAGGGGGAAGCCACGGCGCUCACCAAGGCCAAGACCCUUUACAAGUCUUGUACUAAUGAGAGUUUAAUUGAGCUCAGAGGAGGGGCUCCUUUGCUUGAAAUGCUGCCUGACGUGUUUGAGUGGCCCAUGGCUGUGGACAACUGGGAGACCAACUAUGGGAAAAGGUGGAGGUUGGAGGAUAUCAUCGCCAAGCUGAACGAAAAAUUUGGAGCUCAACUCUUGGUUAACUUUUUCGUUGGCACUGAUGACAGGGACUCCAACUCACACAUCAUUCAUUUUGACCAACAGACCAAUCUCGGCCUCUUGUCCAGAGAUUACUACGCUUGCACAGGACCGUAUGCAGAGGCAUGUCGAGCCUACGAGAAAUUCAUGAUUGACCUGGCUAAGCUGAUCCGCACUGACCGGGGGCUAACCUUCAAUGAAACCAGCAUCAGGGAGGAGGUUGUACGAGUUAUGGACCUGGAAAGAGACAUCGCCAAUGCCACUGAUACUCCAGAGGACCGUAACAAUCCAGUGUUGCUUUACAACAAGAUGGAGCUGGGCGAUUUGAACGCCAACUUCACCCUUGAGGUUGAAUCACAGGUAUUUGACUGGAGUUACUUCACAGCUAAGAUAAUGGGUACAGUCAACAUCAGCAUUCCUGACACAGAAAAGGUCAUAAACUACUCCCCCAACUAUUACCGAAGACUCAACCUCAUCUUGGGAAAAUACACCAAGAGGGAUCUGCAGAACUACAUGGUGGGCCGAUUUGCUAUGAACAAUGUGAUGAGCCUAAGCAGAGCAUACAGGGACACCAGGAAAGCUUUCCGCAAGGCCAUGUCAGGUACAACGUCGGAGGCGGCAGUGUGGCGACAGUGUGCACUUUAUGUGAACAACAACAUGGACAAUGCUGUGGGACGACUGUACGUGCAGGAGGCCUUCUCUGAAAAGAGCAAAGAACUGAUGGAGGAGAUGAUUAAAGACAUUAGGGAAGUGUUCAUUAGUAACCUUGACGAUUUGACCUGGAUGGAUGCAGAGACAAAGAAAGCAGCUGAAGAAAAGGCACAAGCCAUUAGAGAACGAAUCGGCUAUUCUGACAACAUCAUGGAUGAUGAUUACCUUGACAAUGAGUACAAAGAUCUGGACUACAGUGCAGAGGAGUACUUCGAAAACAGCUUACUGAACCUGGAGCAUGUGCAGAAGAAGCGCCUGAGGAAACUCAGGGUCAAAGUCAACAAAGAGGAGUGGGUAACUGGAGCUGCUGUUGUUAACGCCUUCUACUCAUCCAGCAAAAACCAAAUAGUGUUCCCUGCAGGCAUCCUCCAGCCGCCUUUUUUCAGUAAAGGCCAGCCUAAAUCCCUCAACUAUGGAGGCAUCGGCAUGGUAAUCGGUCACGAGAUCACACAUGGCUUUGAUGACAAUGGUCGAAACUAUGAUAAAGAUGGCGACCUGAAAAACUGGUGGACACCUGAAUCCACUGAGAAGUUCUUGGAUCUGUCCAAGUGCAUCGUCAAUCAGUAUAGCAACUUCUCCUGGGACCUGGCCAAUGGACUUCAUUUAAAUGGUAACGACACCCUUGGGGAGAACAUUGCUGACAAUGGGGGAAUACGGCAGGCAUAUCAGGCAUAUAAGAACUAUGUGAAGGCACAUGGAGAGGAGCCACCACUGCCUGGCAUUUAUCUUUCCCAUGAUCAACUCUUCUUCCUAAACUUUGCUCAGGUGUGGUGUGGAACACAUCGACCAGAGCAAGCAGUUAAUUCUAUUAAAGUAGAUGUACACAGUCCGGGUAAAUUCAGGGUACUUGGCUCCCUUCAGAAUUUCCCAGAAUUUGCCAAAACCUUUAGCUGCAACAAGAGCAGCUACAUGGUUCCUGACAACACCUGCCGUGUGUGGUGAUCCACAGACCUCUGGGAUUGGGACUGUUUCGGUGUGGAUUAUCUCUAUACCCCUACAAUACCCACCCUCUCUGACUGUUGGGGCGCUUGUCGGGGGUAACAUAGAAGUGCAAACUCCUCUUAGCUCUUUACUGGAUUGACCAGAGCUGGUUGACUGGCACUGCAGUUUGCACUUCCUAUGAGGAGACCAGUGGACUGUACCCUUGCGGACAGACAGAGCACUGUCUCUGCAACUCUGAUACUGUAGUUCUUUCAAUCAGACUAAUUAUUAUGCUAUUCAUUGGAUACCAUCACUCCUUUUGUUUCAAUUUUUCUUCUCUUUAUUUACUUCCUGGUUUUAUUACGAUGUGUUAGUCUGCCAAUAUGUUUGUGAGUGUGCAUCAGUCAAGGAACUAUACAAGUAAUUGGGAAAAGAGGGGCAGACAGACAAAUGCUAAAACCCACUGGCAUAUGGAUACAUCACACACCCACUCAUACUUAUAAAAGUGUAACAGGGCUGAACCCCUGUACUGUAUGUGGGACUGAGCUGAAUACCACUCAUAAAACUCAGCUGUUUCAGCCUACAACUACAUGCUGAUUCACUCAACAAUGUACCCUUAAUGUACUCUUUGUUUAUAUUUAGAAAUAGAAUAGGUCAAUUUUUGUGGAAAACCAGAGUUUAUUUUGUUGAAUAGAGCAGUAAAUAUUUAACCGUAAUCACAUAUUACACAAUACUGUUCUAUAUCUAUCAUUAAUGACUUAACUGCAGUUGACAGGCGGCUGCUGUUCAUUAGCAGUCUGUCAUAAUAAACCAAAAUGAAGUUUUUUUUGCCCGCCUUUUAGAUGCCAGCUGGUUGUGAAUCAUUGAGCUGACAAUCGACAGAUACCAGACCCCUUUUUCCUACAUUCACUGAGCCUCCUGUGUGUGACUGUGCAAAUGUAUGUCUCUCUUUGUUUUGUCAUUGUAAUCGCAGCCUACUGUCUGUCAACCAAACUGGUAUGCCUUACAUGAUCUGUUGUGCUACUGUGUGUGUGCGUUUAUAUACAUGUACAUGUAAUUGCCAGAGAACGAGGGAUAAGAAAAAUGUAACAUCAAUGGAAUAGUUUGACAAUUUAAUGAAUACUCUAAUUUGCUUUCUUGAUGAAAGGUAGAAGAGAAUGCCUAAUAUAGCAGCCAGUAAGGAUAGCUUAGCAUAAGUACUAUAAACAACGUUGCUCUCUCCAAAGCUAAAAAUUUAAAUUUUCCAAUUAAAACUUUAAUUCCUGUUUGUGUGAUCAGCACAAAAAAAGAUCUGCUUGUGCAUUGUCUGCUGAUCGGGUCCUCUGUCUGUGUCAGGGAGCUAGUGGAGUCUUCUUAUGGUAACCCAAUAGUGAUAGAAAGAGAGUCUUGAGAGUGCUGUAGUCUCUACCUUCCCUUGGCAAGAAAGCCGAUUGGUGUAGUUUACAAAUGGAUGAAGUACUCGUUAACGAAAUGUUUAAAAAUUCUGUCUGCUCUCCUUUUAAUUUCACAAAAACACAAUAUUUUAUACAUGUUUUUUUUGUCAAUUUUAAGCUGUUUUACUGAAUCCUUAGGGACUUCUGAAAGCAGUAGGUUGGAAGCAAUCAGCGGAUCCCAGAGUAGGAUAAAGUCUUUUGUAUAUCUUUAUUUUAUGUAAAAAAAAAAUGUAUUCGAGGUUGUGAUUCUAGAUAAUUCAUGGUUGAAAGUUUUGCAUUUGCCUUUUAUACAGAGAGCACAGCAAUGAAUGAUGCAUCAUGAGGACCUUCUACAAUGGCGGUCAUGUCCAGAUUUUAUACAUUUUUCCUGCUGUGUUUUUUUCCCUCUGUUGUUUGUUCAAGUCCUCUUUCUCAUUUUCACUCUCUCCCUCAGGCUUUUUUUUCUGCCUCUGCCUCUCACUCUCUCUCUCUCACUCCACCUGUAGAAAGACAGAUAUACCUCAGUUGCCUGUAUUUAGAUACUUUAUAAUAAUGACUGAUAAUCAUCUUGAGGAGCUUUGUUCUUUCAAAAUAAAUCUUUAAAUAACA